AUGAAUAACUUGAAACUUAGAACUGUUAACGGUGGCUCUUGUGACAACAUCCAAAAUGAUGCAAGCAAUCUAUUAGACUAUACUGGAAAUAAUUUGAACAAAACCUUAACUGCUACUACGGAUGUGAAAACUGAAGAAAAUCUUUUUAAAUGUGAAUUUUGCUCCAAACAAUUAAUAAGAAGUUCUACUUUAAAAAGACAUUUGAGAGUGCACACCGAAGAAAAACGAGUUAGAUGUGAACUUUGCACAAAACAGUUUCCAUCAAACUCACAUUUAACUAUACAUAUGAGAGUGCAUACUGGUGAAAAACCUUUCUCAUGCAAAAUAUGCACCAAACAGUUUUCAAGGGAAGAUGUUUUAAAAUCGCAUAUGACAGUGCAUACUCGUGAACAACCAUUUGAGUGUAAAAUAUGCGCCAAACAUUUUUCAGGAAAGUGGGAUUUAAAAAGACAUAUUAUGACAUUGCACAGUGGCGAAAAGCACUUUACGUGUAACGUAUGCAGCAAACAGUUUUCAUAUAGUUCUUCUUUACAAAGACAUAUACGAGUGCAUACUGGUGAAACACCAUUUGAAUGUGGAGUUUGCACCAAAAAAUUUUCAGUAAAGAGUAAUUUAAUAAUGCAUAUGAGAGUGCAUACUGGUGAAAAACCUUUUCAAUGCAAACUAUGCAAUAAAUCGUAUUCACAAAAUUGUGGUUUAAAAUCACAUAUGACGGUGCAUACUGGUGAAAAACCUUUCAAAUGCAAAAUAUGCUCCAAAGAGUAUUUACACAAUUCUAGUUUUACAGCACAUAUGGAAACACACACUAGUGGAACGGGGCACAGUACUAUAUUCAGGAAAUUGAAUUGGAAAUGGGGCCCCCUUUAA